AAACACAUCCUAUCUACUGUCUUGAAGAAAAAACUUCAUGCUUCCUCACCUUCUCCUUCUCCAGCUCCAUCCCCACAUAUAAGUGAUCACUCCGAGCCAUCAACUUCACCACAUCCUGCUAGUCCAUACUCUCCAAUAUCAACAGCAACUGCUGAGCCACCACCCUGUUUUGACUGUGAAGUAUCUUCUCCUGCACCAUCUAUUGUGCCUGAGCAUCCCCCGAUCCUUGUCCAUAUAGUGGCUUCGUACAUCAUCCCAUCUCUUCACAAAAUCUUAUUCUACACCAUCCAUGUCCCCUGAUUAUUUACCUUCUGCUGCCCCAACCUCAAAUUCUGCCAGCCACACCACUGAAGAAGCUUCUGAUCUGUCCCAUGGAUCCAAGCGUCAGCAGGGUGAAGAAACAUCUAAAAAAUUGGUGUCUCAGAUGCUUGCUCCUUCCUCUAUAUCGUCAGCGAGUGGUGAUUUCCGUGGGGAAAUCUUGCUAAUGGGAUUUUGUAUGCUGUUAACUUCUUUUGUUUUCCCAAUGAUGCCACAUCUGAUGAUAUGGAUGUUACCUGAUGAAGGAUCCUGGAGAAUUGCAAGGAAUAAUGAUGCUCUGCAAGUUUUGUUCAGAAUGCAGAAGGAAGAAGCUUCCGUUCCAUUUUAAUUUGCCUUAAUUUUACUUCAAGCAUGCAACCACCAUGUAAAGCUCCGGUGGGUAGAGGGUCAAAGCCUGAAAGUUGGCAGGCCUCUCAUCUAGUACUACAUGUUCUAUGAAGAAUGAAAUUGAUCCCAAAGGUAUCAACUAAUAAACACCGUGAUCAAGAGCAAAUUGGCUUUCAGAUGUCAGCAGAACCAUCCUUUGUAUUCAAUCAAGUGGGUUCUUUCAGCAUCAGAAUCUGUAAAAUAUCUAUAGUAAUAUCUAGCAAAGAGAUAAAUUAGUCACACUUGUAUAGCUCUAUGCUCCCCCCUUCUCCCUGCUUUUGAAAGAAAAUAAGAAUUUAAAUUCAUCCAUGAAGAAACACCAUGAUUGUGCUCAGUAGUCGAGACAGAUCUUUUACAUGUGACUUAAAAUAGUAAACUGUGUACAGAGGUGACUUUUAAAAUAGUUCAAAACAUAAUUUUUUUAAUGAUACAAUAAC